AUGUUUACAGACGACGUACUUUGUUGUCCUUGGUCUCGGCGUUUAACAUGGCAUCGAGUGAAAAUACUAGGCCAUGGUUGCUAUGCUAAAGUUUAUUUAGCUCUUUACACAGAUCAUGACGAGUUUUACGAAGAAAUUGCAGUGAAAACAGCAAAACUAGAAUGCGCAUUUACUCUCCAGAAAGAGACCAGAAUCCUUGAAGAUUUCUACAACUGCCCAGAAAUUGUUCGCUGCUUGGGUCACGAGGUAACAGUCGAAGGCGGUGUCCAAUUCCACAAUCUGCUUCUAGAAUAUGCGCCUUUGGGCACGCUAUUCGACUUGAUUCAAAGAUCCGGCGAUUUUAUAUUACCGCGAGAUAUUCGAAUAUACACGUGGGUGAUAUUGAAAGGUCUUUGUUGCAUGCAUGCAAAAGGCUACGUCCAUUGUGACCUAAAGCCCGAAAACAUUCUUGUCUUUCGUUCUCAAGAUCAUGGUUAUCAACUUAAGAUCGCGGAUUUUGGAUUGUCCAAAGAGCCUAGGGAUACACUUUCGAAAAGGCUGCUCAAGUACAGAUUCCGAGGAACUCCACUUUACAUGUCGCCGGAAUCUGUGGCGCUUGGUGAAAUCAAGCCUGCAUUGGACAUAUGGUCUCUUGGUUGCGUUGUGUUGCAAAUGAUAACAGGGAAACCGGCAUGGCAAUAUGGCGCGGAGUAUUCAAACCCUAAGGACAUUGUUUAUCUCCUGGCUUUUACGAAGAAGACCCCUCGGAUCCCGGAUUACCUGGCAGAAAUCGGGAAAGAUUUCUUGCGGAAGUGUUUCGAGAGAGACCAUCACAAACGGUGGUCGGCUCAGAUGCUUUUGGAUCACCCCUAUGUCAGUGAAGCAUCAGGGCUGCCUGUAACUCAGCCAGUACGGCCUAUGCAAUUUAGUGAGGAUCAGGAUGGAAGUGUGGGACGCAAUUUGAGAAAAGAUGUCUCACAACCACCAACUUCGCGCAACCUUUCAAACGGAUAA